UCUCUAGACUAGACUGUGGUGUCUCUCUCACACAAAGUCGCAGCGACCCAACCUCCUCGCCCCUCCUCUCUCUCCCUCGCGGUGUUGUUUUCGUUUCCCUCUCGCUUUCCUCCGCUCCACCGCGCGGCUCCGGCGGGCGGUGCGCGGGCGGGAGAGGAGGAGCGGAGGGCGGCGGGGCCGCGGCGGUUUCUCUGGCCGAGGAGCUCGGAAGGGGGGAGGCUCUGUUUCCGGGGCUGUUUCUCUGCAUCGGGUUCUCCGAAGAUCGGGGGGGACCGCGCGACGCGGGGGGCGCGCCCGAUCUGCUCCGCCGGCGAGGUGAAGUCGACUGGGAGGUUUGAUAGGGUUGUGGUUAAUCUAGCCCUGCACCUUCAGAGAUGGCAUGAUAUGACUUACCUCAUCUGGAUAACAGUUUGACUGGUACCAUAAGUGUCGGAAAUAUGCAGGAGGGGCUGGGGCAAGGGGUGCAUGUACCUCAUGGUAUCAAUCUGUGUUUCUCAACUUCUUCUGUGCCCUUUCAGAUGAAUUCUUCCAUUGAGCUGGGCACAGGAGACGUUACCCCCCCUGUAACAUUUGAGAAGUUAUCUGCUAACCCACAACCUGUUAGAGAUGAUGCUGGAGUGGUCGAAGGUAUCGACAUGAAUGGAAAAUCAGUUCAAAAACCUAAGAGGAAAAAGCACAGGCCAAAGGUCAUUAAAGAAGGACAAUCAGCAAAGUUGCAGAAGCCUAAAACUCCAAAGCCUCCCAAGGAAAAAGGGAAUCAGCCUACUGGGAAGAGAAAGUAUGUCCGGAGGAAGGGACUAAGUACACCAACCGAACAACCUCCAUCAGGAGGUGCUGAUACACAUACUAGAGCUGAAACAGGAGUAGUCCAAAGAUGUUUGAACUUUGAUGCAGGAGAACAACAUGGACAUUUGGAUCUUGUACCGCAAACUCAGGCAACAGACAUACAUACUGGUCCCGGGGAUGCUCAGCCAUCAAUAUCUGGAGUUGAAAGAAGUAAUGUCCAGGUAGCAUGCCACUGGGGUGGUACCAGCAGCGGUAUUUGUUCAGUUGAUCCAAUGGCUAAUUUGCAAGAAUUACGGGUAGACAACAUGCCUAAAAGAGUUAAUUUCGAUCUGAACAAUUCUAUAGUAAACCAGAUGCCAACCAAUUAUUCUAAUCUAAUGGACAGCUCUGGACAAUUUUUUCAGUUUGGUUUAAGAGAUAACAUUCAAACAAAUCAGUUACUGGAUUCUCAUUCUAGUCUUCCAGUUAGAUGCGUCUCUCAUCUCACCAGAUCAGUAGAUCAUAUGCAGCAUCCAUCAGCUAAUUUUGAUCAGUACAUAAGCACACCUCAAGCUUGUACAGAAAAUUCACACAGAAAUUAUCAGAUGUUCAAUGGUUUUAGAAUGCCAGAAAAUAUGACGGCAGCCUCUCAGCAUAUUGAAAGGGUCCCAAUGAGGGGCAAUUUCAAUCCUGAAACUUGUGUAGGAGAAGGUGUGAUAAGCAAAAUGCCCCAAUGUUACAGAAUGCCAGAAACUCCACUUGUACCUCCCAAGCAUAGUGAAAGGAACGCGAUGAAUGGAGUUCUGAAUGAAUUUUCUGUGAAGAAUGAUCACUUGAAGUUUGCUACCAAUGAUAACUACCAAACUGGUGCAGCUUUUGGUUUUCAUGAUUCUCCAGACUACUCAGAUGUUCUUGCAAUAGGUAAGAAAAGAGAACACAAUGCUAUCAGUGGUCAUCAGAUUUCUUUUAGAAUUGAUUUUGAAACCUCAAAUAGAGCAACACAGUUCUAUAGUGAUGACCCCCUUUCCACUGGCUCUUAUACAUCUUAUUAUCCUGAAACAUGCAAAAGGAUGAGACCAGAAAAUCACAGCAAUCGCCUCAAUGGAGCUACAUUUUCAGAUAGUUGGAAUACAAAUAAAACUUCAGCUGUAAACCCUGGAAUUUGUACCUUGGCUGACGUACAAAGGUUGAUGGCCCUUGAGAAAUCACGAGCUUACCAACAAAUUAUUGACUUUGGAGCGUCAGGAAACAACAUGGUCCAGCAACAAGUUGAACCUGCUCAGCAAAAUAUCAUUGGUAAGGAAUUUAUUGCUUUGCCUGAUAAACAGUUCAGAAGCUUUACUGCGCAGAACAUACCAUUGCCUGGCAGUACAAUGAGCCCUCUGGGAGAAAGCAAUAUCCUGAGGAAUGGAGUGCAUCAAAUUCAGUCUUGGGAAAUCACAUCUAGGCAGGAUCACUGUAGCAACAAUUUUACUUUACCAGAUAAAUGGUCUGGAUACUUAACAGCAGGGCACACACAAUUGUCUAGCAGUAUAGUGAAUCCAUCCAUAGAAAACUAUAUUCAGAGUAAUGCUAUUCAUCAACAUCAAUCCUUAGAAAAUGUUAUGCCUAAGGAGCCAGUGUUGUCUGAAACACACAACACUUCCAGUAAAGAGGCUCAUAACUACAGCAUUGCUGCUGCUACUGAUGAGCAGAUCAGGACUACAAGUGAUCCAGUUGUGAGGUCCCUGUCCCAACCAACAAGCCAAUCAACUAGAAGAGGAAAUUGCCAUCUGGACUCAACUAGAUUGACUGCAGAAAACUCCACUGAGAAACCAAAAAAAAGGGGCCGUCCAAGAAAAGAAGCAAAACCCAACAGGGAACCAAAACAAAGAGGUACUAAAGGAAAACAAAAUGUUGGUCAUGCAAAAACCACAUCGCCAAAAGGUGCAUGUACUGACUCCUUCAAAACUAAUGAUAUUACAUAUGCUUCUGAACCUUCCACUGGAAUUGCUCCUAGGAUGGCAAAUGUGGAUUCGAAAAUCUCUGAUCAUGAUAAGUAUAGUGGCAUAACCUCCAAGCCAACUGAUGGAGGAAUCAUUCCUCAAGCUACAGCACCAUCGGUUGAUCCUUUAGAUGGAAUAAUUCAAAAGAUUAAGCUAUUAAGCAUAAACAGAGCAGACGAUAUUGUGGCAGAGGUACCCCAAAACGCUCUUGUCCCUUACGAAGGUGAAUUUGGUGCACUAGUUGCAUUUGAGGGAAAGGCAAAGAAAAGCCGUUCUCGGGCCAAAGUGAACAUCGAUCCAGUCACCACUAUGAUGUGGAACUUAUUGAUGGGACCGGAUAUGGGAGAUGGUGCUGAAGGGUUAGACAAGGAUAAAGAGAAAUGGCUUGACGAAGAAAGAAGAGUAUUCAAAGGAAGGGUUGAUUCAUUCAUUGCUCGUAUGCAUCUAGUUCAGGGGGACAGGCGUUUCUCUCGAUGGAAAGGAUCAGUCGUGGACUCAGUUGUGGGUGUAUUUCUUACCCAGAAUGUUUCGGAUCAUCUUUCUAGUUCUGCUUUCAUGGCAGUUGCCGCCAAAUUUCCUGCGAAGAUAGAAGUCCCUGAAAAACCUGUGGCGGAGAUGUCUCGCUCACCUACUGAACAGAAGGAUAGUUGUUCUGGACUGUUUGGUGAUUCUAUCAAGUUGCAGGGGAAGUUAUUCAUUGAAGAGAUAAGUGAUGUUAGAUCAUUAGUUACAACAGAAGAUAAUGAAGAAAGUAAUAGUAACGACUUAAUUGGAAGCUCUUCUGGGUAUGGAGUAAACCAUGCAGCUGGAGGAUGCCAUGUCUCUUAUAGGAAGUCCCAUGAAAAUGGGCCAUCAGGUUCUGUUUUUCCAACAGCCGGCUUUUCAAGUGUAGUAGAAGCUGAAGAUGGGUCAUUGGAGGAUGUUAUUUCUUCACAAAAUUCUGCCGUUUCUUCCCAAAACUCCCCAGAUUACAUCUUUCACAGAACCGACCCAAUAGGUUCUAGUUCAUUGCAAAAUUGCACAGAAGAGGGCUAUACAAUGAGAAAUAUGUCCAAUGGGGUUGGCAGCACAACUGAGUAUACAGCGCUGCCGCCAAUGCAAGAUCCAAAAGGCAUUCCUGGAUCAUCAGAUUGUGAUGGAUUUAAUCAUCUUCCAGUCUCAGGUGUGAACAAGGGCGUGUUGCUUGAUCUAAACAGAUCAUAUCAGCCAUUACAUAUUCCUAUGUCCUAUGUUCAGAAUGGCGAGUCUGAUUUCACAGGUGUGUCGUGCUUCAGCCAUAUAGAUAAAUCAAUCCGCACAGGCCCUGAUAGAGUGAAUCUUUCCAGUGUUACACAAUCUGAGGCUAGCUUUUAUCAGCUUCCACCUGCUUCUGCCACGGGCAACAAUAAUAAAACUAAAGUAACUGAUUCCUCAAAGCACUCUUUGUACAGUAUAAAUGGGCCACUAAGUCAGGAGAGGAGCACUUGCCCUUCUGAUCCUUCACAACAAGGCGACUUACCACCAAUAAUUAAACAAAACUUCCAGCCGUUACAUAGUUCAGAGGAAGUACUGUUUUCCAAGGAGCACUCUUCCUGUGGAAACGAUUUUGUGAGGAACAAAACUGAAGCUCCUUUUGUGGAAUCACAUGUCUAUUCAAAUCUUAAAGAGGUGCACACUACCACAAGAGAGCAGGUUCAAUCAGGAUGCAGUCAACAUGAUAAUGAUGUCAGUGUUCAGACAACAGCAGAUGAAAAGCAUCGGUCUCCAAACUUGCGUGAAAACCAGAACUCUCAUUCAGAAGUCUUGCAAGGAGUUGCUUCAGACCCGACGCAGAAGUUCAUUGAUACUCAGAAAGGACCAUCAGAAGUUCCUCAAGAUGGAUCAAAGGCUAAGAAGGUACGGGGCCGACCUAAAAGGAAAACUUAUGACUGGGACAGUUUACGAAAAGAAGUGUUUUCCAAUGGUGGGAGUAAACAACGAAGUCAUAAUGCAAGGGAUACUGUUGAUUGGGAGGCAGUUAGGCAAGCAGAAGUGCGGGAAAUAUCCGAAACUAUCAGAGAGAGAGGAAUGAAUAACAUGCUAGCAGAACGGAUAAAGGAAUUCCUGGACCGAUUGGUGACAGACCAUGGAAGCAUUGAUCUUGAAUGGCUAAGAGACGUUCAACCGGACAAAGCAAAGGACUACCUUCUAAGCAUUAGAGGGCUUGGACUCAAAAGUGUUGAGUGCGUUCGUCUCUUGACGCUACAUCAUAUGGCUUUUCCAGUGGACACAAAUGUUGGUCGGAUAUGUGUGAGGCUUGGAUGGGUGCCACUUCAACCCCUGCCAGAGUCUCUUCAGUUGCACCUAUUGGAAAUGUAUCCUAUGCUGGAGCACAUACAGAAAUACCUUUGGCCUCGACUAUGCAAGCUAGAUCAACGAACAUUGUAUGAGCUUCACUACCAAAUGAUUACUUUUGGAAAGGUUUUCUGCACAAAAAGUAAGCCUAAUUGCAAUUCAUGUCCAAUGAGAGCUGAAUGUAAGCACUUUGCUAGUGCAUUUGCAAGUGCUAGGCUUGCCCUUCCGGCACCUGAAGAAAAGCGUUUGGCUACAUCGGAAGAUCCAAAUGUUGUAGAGUUUCUUCACCAAGCAUACAUAAACUCAAGGAAAGUAGACCAACUUGAGUGGAAUGCAAAUUAUCCUAAGCAUGCUGUUUCUGGUAACCAUCAGCCGAUCAUUGAGGAACCACCAAGUCCAGAACCUGAACCUGAAAAUGCAGAGACAAAGGAGGGUGCAAUAGAGGAUUUCUUUUGCGAAGAUCCUGAUGAAAUUCCUACCAUCAAUCUUAAUAUUGAGGAGUUUACACAAAACUUGAAGAGUUACAUGCAAGCAAACAAAAUCGAGAUUGAAGAUGCUGACAUGUCAAAGGCAUUGGUGGCCAUUACCCCUGAAGCUGCUUCCCUUCCAACCCCAAAGCUCAAGAAUGUUAGUCGCCUGAGGACAGAACACCAAGUUUAUGAACUGCCGGAUUCACACCCUCUUCUGGAAGGAUUCGAACAGAGGGAACCUGAUGAUCCCUGCCCAUAUCUUCUUUCUAUAUGGACCCCAGGUGAAACAGCACAAUCAACCGAUGCACCCAAGACAUUCUGCAACUCAGGGGAGACUGGUAGACUAUGUGGAAGUUCAACAUGCUUUAGUUGCAACAGUUUACGAGAAAUGCAGGCUCAGAAAGUCAGAGGAACACUUCUGAUACCAUGCCGAACAGCAAUGAGAGGAAGCUUCCCACUUAAUGGGACAUAUUUUCAAGUUAAUGAGGUAUUUGCUGAUCAUUACUCAAGCCAAAAUCCAAUUGAUGUUCCACGAAGUUGGAUAUGGGACCUCCCAAGACGAACUGUUUACUUCGGAACCUCAGUUCCUACAAUAUUUAGAGGUUUAACGACUGAAGAGAUACAACAAUGCUUUUGGAGAGGAUUUGUGUGUGUGAGGGGCUUUGACAGGACAGUGAGGGCACCGAGGCCGCUCUAUGCGAGGCUGCAUUUUCCUGCCAGCAAGGUUGUUAGAGGAAAAAAGCCUGGAGCAGCAAGAGAGGAAGAAUAAUAGUACAUUGAAGAAAUAUAGUGGAGCUAACCAGACUACCAGAGGAUGGAUAGCCCAAAAUGAGGUGCUGACCCAAUAAGUCGCCAAUCAUUUCUAACAGAAUGUCUUGCAUCUGUAGUGAAUGCCAGUACCUUGCAAACCUGUGAUGCUGAUGUUAUGAGGCGACAUAACCCGUUAAGUUAGAUCCCAUCUGUGGUAACAGCCUAGCUGUGUCCAGUCAUUCUUUACUCCUGAAUUCAAUAUAGCAAAUGAAAAAAAAACCCAUAGUGCAUAGUCCAGCCGCUCUAAUUGUUCGGUACCUGUGUAAGUGGUAUCAGUUGUUGUACAACAGGAAGAUGAACCUUGCAGUACAAUGGUCAUACAUGUUCGUUGAUCACAGUGUAAACAAUGUAAGUGUAAACAAUGUAUGCUUCAUCAGCAGCUAUUUGAUUGUUUCAAAUCAAAGGAAAAGCCUUUUCGAUUCA